AUGCCUCUAAAAGAUAUGAGUACUGAUGGGAAUUUAAUACUAAAGGUCCAUCAUGGAUCCUGGGAUCAGCCACCCUCAUUAGAAGAUCCAUUAAUGGGUUUUGUGUGUGUGGAUGCCACCUCUAUAUGGAGUGGACAUGUCUCCCUCUGUGGCUGGUACCCGUUGCUUGACCUUCGAGGAUGUGUCAGGGGGCAUCUCAAAGUAUCAUUAACUCCACAUGAACCUCCUCAAGCUGGUGGUCCACCAAGGAAAGCAUGUUACUCGGUGAACCUACAUGAAAAUGUUGGUCAGAAGGUGAUGCCAGAAACUUACAGGUCUGGGCCCACAUGCUCUCAACGUUCUGACAAGAGCAGUGACACUAGUUUGAGGGAGAGGCAGAGUCACGUGGCAAGCGAUGCAGAAACGUCUAAGAGGGAGUCUUUAAAACCCCUGUCUCCAAACAUCAUGCAGAAACAUUCUCCCAAAUCCCAGAGAAAAUCCUAUAGCAGCGGAAGUGAAGGAAGCACUAGCGAUGCAAGUAGUUCGCCUUACAAGAAUGUCGAUUCGUCUGUUUAUUCCAAGUAUUCUGUGAUAAGUUCUGGAUCUGUUGUUGUUGAUGGUGAGGUUCUGAAUGAUGUGUCUGGAUUUCAUGGUGGGGUGUCGAAUAAAAAGUCGUCCUCCUCCCACGAGAACUUGCGUGCAGCAACAACGGGUUUAGAAACCAAGACUUCUUACGAUAGAAAGUAUUCCAGUAUCCCAGUGUUCUCUCCCCAUAAAGAUUCAAACAAAUUGGUAGAUCAAGAGAAUGAAAGAAAAAAAUCAAGUGAUAAUCUUCCAGAAGUCAAUUACAGAGAAAAAGAAAAUAAAACUCCUAGUACAUCUGUUCACAGCCAGGGUUUCUGUCGGCACAAAGGAACAGUUAUAGUUAAAGGCGUAGCAACAGACUCUGAUAAAGGGUCUGGUUCAGGAGCUGGAUCCCGAGUGAGUGAGGAUAAUGAACACAGUACACCAAAAAUGGAGCGAAGAAAAGGCUCUAUUUUGCUCAAAGACUCCCUAAUUGUUUCUCAUUUUAGAAUGCAAAAAGAGGAAGACAGCAACAAAGAAACGGCCUCUCAGGAGAAUAUUCUGCCCAGCCGUGUUCCAUCAAGCCCACGCUAUGGAGAAAAGGAAAGAACUGCUGUGCCCAGCGAAUGCCCAGGGUCGCAGUCGCAACCCAGCCAGCCGCCUGCUUCAAGCUCAGGAACAACCACAACAGCAGAUAAGCCAAGUUCCUGUCUCAAAGUACCUGGCAGCCCAUCUCUGAGAGCCAAGCAUGUUACCUUUGCUCACAAACUGGUACAACACCAAGACAGAGAGAGCUCCAGUGACCAGAGCAGGAGACAGCCAGGCCUUACACAGCAAUCACAUGACUUGUACAGGACAGGCCACGAGACCUUUGGAAGUGCAGGUAACGAGAGGAAUAUCUUGGAUUCAGAAAGCAGGCAGAAACUACCCAGAGGGCAUGCACCUACGGAGAGAUCUGACCUGCAAGUUGUGCCCUGUCGUGAGGGUGACACCCAGGUCGUCACCACAACUGUGAGUGCCCAGGGGAGCAGAAGUUACAGUGUAGUUUCAGGUUUUGACAGCAAGGGAAUGAUGGAAGCUAGGAAAUCAAGGGACAAUAAGUCCGAUCUUAUCAUGGCCUUUUCAUGGAUGAAUCAGAGCUCAGAGUCGGACACGCCUUGUGUAUCCUUCAUUGAACAAAGACAGAAUGUAAAGGAUGCAGAGUCGGGGGGGAAAGGCCAUCAUAUGAAUAACUCGACAGAUAACAAAGGCUCACCAGCUAUGGGAAACCAUACUGGAAGUCCACAAAAAAAGUCAAGGAAAUUCAGAAAUAGAUUAGCAGCAAAUUUUCACUUGAAAUAGAGCAAAAGCAAUAUAACUUCUCACUCUAUUGCUAACUUAAACAAAUUUCUAGAUGCUAGUCUGCUGUAUACUUCAAAAUACUCUGUCAUGACAGAGCAUGACACAAGUGCAAUGACCUUACUCAACAAACUGUCAAUGGCCCUUCUGUAGAUGCCUAAUGACUUCAAAUGCAACUUAUGAAGUAUUAGAAAUCUAGCACAAUCCUCGUUCAUGAUUAAUUUUAACGUAUAGUAUCAAAACCUGCUUAAUGUGAUCUCAUUCAAAAUACUGUCACAAUCUGCACUCUGUAGACGUCUUCCUGAUAUGGCUUCAGUAUUAUGGUGCUUCUCAUUCAUCAUUAUUGUUCAAAAUCAACAUGUAGAUGUCAUAUUUC